AUGCCGCCGCGAAAGCAGCACAGACGCGUUAGCGCAUUCCCCGCGAUAGAAGAAUAUGGAGAAAGUAAGCCGAAUUCGUCAGUUCCAAGUCCAUCCGCGAGAGGUUUGAGGAGGACUACUUUUGUGGAGAUAUGGCCGAAAAAUAAUGGUCCCACGGAGGUAAUCCGAGGAAAGAUACCAGAAGAUCAAAUUCCCAGCUGGCUCGAACAAAAAGAUGCUUUUGCUCAUACGAAUAAUGAGGCAUCGAAAACGGGUGCUCUAAGACUGCUGUUUACAAAUAGAGCUAUGAAUUCCGAUAAGAAAGCUGUCGGGAUGACAUUCAGUGAUGCUACACUUCAAGUGAUCAUGAGCCGCCUUCAACUGCCAGCAGCAUUUGCACAGAUGUUAGCACCGGAUCAGAUUGAACCUCCACGAUUCUCUCAUAAUACUCUAUUUGAUACUCAUGGGAACCAUUUGGGCAUGGCAUUAGCAAUUCACUUCCAUCGUUGGCGGCUUGAAUCCAUCACCCUUGGUCUUUCUUAUAAUCAGAAUACUAAAGUAACAACGGCUCUUCUGCUAGAAAACUCUAAAGAUCCGACCCACGAAUCAUUUAUCCACUACAUCCUGUUACAUUCUACAUACCUAACCCAUCCGCUCUUCCUCCCUCUAAUCCUCGCCGAGCUAAUGCUCGACACUCACCGAACGCAAUUAGAUCGAACCACAUCCCGCCUUCGAAACCUCGAAUCUGCAAUUGGUAUCCACGACCACGAUUACCAUUCGACCUCAUCCCCUUCUUACAGCACACCUGAUAAAUCGCCCCUCCCAAACUUCCCCUUCAUUUCUCGCUCGCUAAAUGGAGAAUCUACCCGUCUAGCCCUCUACGAAGUAAAAGUAAGAUCCAAUAUUCAUCUCCUGCAAGCACUUCUUCGUGGCCCCUAUUUCACAACUCUUCUCCCAAUGAAUCGACGCAUGAUAUGGAUGGAACAAGCCAACAUAGCCCUCCGAGAAAAAUGUGAAUUCCUUCUCGGCUGGAAUGUCGAACUAUCUUCUCGGGUCACUGGACAGAGACGAAUCGUGAAGAUUCAGAUAGGUAGCGUACAGAACCUGCUUAUGCAACGGGAAUCGAAAAUUACUACUUCGAUGAUGGAGGUCCGGAAAGGAGACGCAAAUGCAAUUAAGACGAUUGCAUUUUUAUUGAUGGCUUUUCUGCCUGGUGUAUAUAUUGCGGUAUUGUUUAGUGGAUCGAUGUUUGAUUGGCAGGCGGAACGUAUGGGUGGAAUUUUGAGUGAGUGGUUUUGGCUGUAUUGGGCGGUUGCGGGACCGCUGACGGCGGGGGUGUUAGGGAUAUGGAUUUGGUGGUGUAAACCAUGGCUGUAA